CUAUACAAGCUUGUACAUCCCGAUGUUGGUUCACAAACAGUUCACACUUGGAAACAAGGAGUUUACUCUCACAAAGUGACAAUGCUCAACUCUGUAGUACUGAGCCUUGCAGUGCUGCUUUCAGCGAUGGGAGCAGCCACAGUAGAGAGAGCGUAUGACUACUACAGAUACCAUCCCAUGAACGAGAUCAGCGACUGGAUGGAGCAGACUGUCAAGGAAAACCCUGAUGUUGUGACCUUAGUGCAAUACGGACAGACCUAUGAGAAGAGGGUUAUUAGCUUGCUCAAGAUUGGAGUGAACACUGGAGAGAAAAAGAAAGCUAUCUGGAUGGACUGUGGUAUACAUGCCAGGGAAUGGAUCGCCCCAGCCUUCUGUCAGUAUUUUGUCAGUCAGAUCCUGCAAGCAUACAAAACAGACCCAAAAAUAGCCGACAUGAUGAAAAACAUGGACUUCUACGUCACCCCUGUGCUCAACAUAGACGGAUACAUCUACACCUGGAUGAAUAGCUCGACACGACUGUGGAGGAAGAACAGGUCACCAGGACCUUCAGACUGCAGCUGUCUCGGAACUGACCUCAACCGCAACUUUGACGCCAAUUGGGGAACUAGCGGGAUAUCUGCUAACUGCUGCGGUAUAACCUACCCGGGGAGCCAACCCGUGUCUGAGCCCGAGGCCGCGGCUGUCACUUAUUUUGUAGGAAGCCGGAUCGACGAGUUCCUGUGUUUCUUCACCAUCCACUCCUACGGCCAGAUGCUCCUGGUUCCGUACGACCACGCCAAUUUCACAGACCCCAACUACGAUGAGCUGAUGGACGUUGGUCUGGCUGCAGCAGAGGCCAUUGAGAAGGUCCACGGGAAACACUACAAAGUAGGAACAGCGCCAGAUAUAUUAUAUUCCCACUCGGGUUCAUCUAAAGACUGGGCUCGUUUUUCUGGGAUCCCCUUCUCCUUCACCUUCGAGCUGAGAGACAACGGGACAUUUGGCUUCGAGCUUCCUGAGGACCAGAUCCGGCCCACGUGCGAGGAGGCCUACAGCGGAGCCCUGCACAUCAUCACCUACGCCCACGACAAGGCCUUUAACGGUGCCGUGGCCACCGCUGUUGCAAACCUGUUGGCUGUGCUGUUAGCAGCGGCCGUCACCAGCACCAACCUGAUGUGAGGUGGAAAAAAACCUGCACAAAUGGUUCCAGUUUUUAAGCUACAGUGUUUUCAAGUUUUUGUACUCGUGGGGCAGAAUUUGCUGCUGGUAAAUCAGUAUGAAGUAUGGAAAUGUAUCUGCUGAUAUAUAAUGCAUCCAUGGUCCAAACUAUUAUUAAACUGCUAUAAAGUGUCUUUAAAUUAUCUGAAAUGUCGUAUCGCUGCCAGUAGUUGAUGCAUUAAAACAUUCCCAAGUU